AUGCCGCCGCAUGGUGCACACAGAGUGAACAAUAUUGAAGGGGCAGAAGCUGAAGAUCUGGUAGUCCGUGUGGAAGAUGUUCAGACUUCUUUGUUGGUUGUAAAGGGCCGUUUGCUGAGUGGAGGUGUUUACCCGGGCUGUGAUCAGGGCUGUGUUGAUUGUGCUGAAGCAGAGAAUGGCUGUAGUCAGUUGAGGAGGGUUGUUAGUGCGCCUGCAACAAGUGGUACCCCUGUUACUAUUUCUGCACCAGUUACCGCCAGUACUCCGACUACAAUUGUCGCUCCGGUCAGAAGGGCUGUUGACAGUAGGGCUGUACCAUGGAAGUAUGAUAACGCUUAUCGCAAAAAUCGAAAGGCUGAGAGUCAGGUCAAACCGGUUAAUCAAGCGCCUGUGACUAUCGGUGUGCCGGUAAAAACUCCUGUGGUUGCAAGUCCAGUUGUGGACAAUGAAAUUGGCUGUUCAGCAAUGCUGGCUGCUUCAACACAUGUAUCUUGGUUUGUGCAUUGUUGCAAGAAGGUCCAUUUGUUGCAGACUGAUGUUGCUGCAGGUUGUGGACAUGGUGGAAGGAUAUUGUUACUGUCACGGUUGUUCUUCCGGCAGAUGGAGGAGCACGGAUUGGCUGUUGAUAGAGUUUAUACAGGGUCAUUCAUGACUUCUCUUGAUAUGGAAGGUUUAUCAAUUUCUAUCAUGAGAGCUGACCGGUCUAUUCUUCAACGAUUGGAUGCUGAGACGAAAGCUCCUUAUUGGCCUGUUGGAGUUAGUGGUAAUCGUCUGCCUGCAAAGAUUCCUGUUCCAAUUCCACGACCUCGGUCAGCCAAGAUUGUUGAGCCACAGAGUCAGCCUCUGAAACUAACUGAGCAAAGACAACUUCUUGAGCUAGUCAUUGUAGCCGCUGCAACUGCACCUCUAAAUGAUGCUGCAGAAACUGUCGGUGAAAUUGGAUCAACAAUUGGAAAAUCAAUGGGAGGAACAAGUGGGACCAUAUAUUCAAUUUUAUGUAAGGCAGCAUGUGCACAGCUGAAAACAAGCUCCCAUUCUGUUAUCACAUCAAAACAAGGGGUUAAAGCACUUGCGUCGGCCAUGGAUGUUGUUAGUAAAUAUGGGGGAGCUAAAGUUGGUUACAGAACAUUUCUAGAUGCCCUUAUCCCAGCAUUGUCAUCACUUGAAAAGAGGCUAUCUUCUGGUGAUGAUCCUGCCACUGCUUUUCUUACCUCAUCUCAGGCUGCACUUGAUGGAGCCGAGUCAACCAAGAAAAUGCGAGCAAAGGCUGGGCGUACACUUUACGUGCCUCGAGAGAUUCAGUCAUCAGUUCCUGAUCCGGGUGCUUAUGCCACAGCGUCAUGGUACAAAGAUAGCUGUUAGUGCAGUCUCCUGUUUGUGCAGAUUAAGCCAAGUUUUGUUCUCAAUUUUGUACCAUUGAGCUCUCCGCAUAUGUCUCUUCUGCAUGAUAAUUGUACCCCAGACCAUAACUGGUAUCAUUUUCGCACACUUCGCAAGAGUCU